CGACGACUACCUCAAUAAUCCAACGAAUCCUUACCACCUAACUCAUAUAUCUCACUUCAUAACAUCCAUCAACAUGCGCUUCGUUACUCUUAUCUUUGCUGCCCUCGCCGCUGGCCCUCUGGCUGCCCUCGCCGCUCCUGCACCUGCAGACAAUGCAGCAAGCGAGAAAAGCUGCCCAUCUGGCGACAAGAUUAACUGCGGAGGCUGCAAUGGCACCAGCUGCCAAAUCGGAUUCAACAACUAUCCCUGUGAUGAGGGCAGUUGCACUGCCCAGAGUGGAGGUGGUGAUGGGAAGGACUGCUGGGAUAACAACUACGGUGGAACCAGACACGUCGUUUGCCCCGGAAAAGCUUGAGCUAGAUCUGAUAUAUGCUCUGAGUCAGAGGAACUCCCCAUGGUAUACUACAGUGUCUAGGAGAAUGAUCUCGUGGUGGUAUGGGUGGUAUUGAAUGGGGC